AUGGCCCAACCAACUUGCUCUGUCGAGGAAUUUACCCGCACCACAUUUGACUAUGUCAUCUGCGGGGGUGGCACCGCAGGACUAGUUGUUGCUGCGCGUCUCAGUGAGAAUCCCGACGUGACUGUCGGUGUCAUUGAAGCUGGUAAAUAUCGCAUUGGCGAUCCAUUGGUCGAUACACCUGCGGCAUUUUCGCAGAUGUUUGAAAACCCAGAGUACGACUGGUGCUUGUAUACAACCCCUCAGGAAGGAAACCAUGGCAAGAAACAUCACAUUCCCCGAGGAAAGCUGCUCGGAGGAUCAAGUGGCAUCAACUAUAUGAUGUACGUGCGCGGAUCUCUGCAGGACUACGACGACUGGGCGGAACUCGCCGAGGAUAAAGGCUGGUCAGCGGAAAUUAUGCAGCAGUACAUGCGGAAGCAUCAGACCCUCGAGCCCAUUGACCCGAAGAUCACCGAUCGUUCCACAAUGCCAUUUGUCGGUGGGUUCCACGGAACAAGCGGCCCGGUUCGCACUGGGUUCAACGAUACAAUUAUGCCAGUUGAAAACGACAUCAUUAAAGCCUGCGAAGAAGUUACCGGGAUCCCUAAUAAACCUACCGACCCCUGGAGCGGCGAUCAUAUUGGUUUCUAUCACACACUGGGCUCGGUCGUUCGAAGUGGCCCCAACAAGGGAAAGCGUAGCUACGCAGCACGCGGUUAUUAUGAAGCGAACCGAGCUACUCGGCCAAACCUCAAAGUCCUGUGUGAAGCCUAUGUCAACAGAGUCGUGCUUGAUGGCAAUAAGGCCACUGGCGUGAGUCUCACUCACGGUGGAGUUGAAUACCAGGUCUCCGCGCGACGUGAGAUUGUUGUCAGUGGUGGAACCAUCAAGUCCCCACAGAUUUUGGAGCUGUCGGGCAUCGGUGAUCCCGAGAUUCUUAAAGCUGCAGGUGUUGAGUGUAAGGUUUCUAACACGGGUGUCGGCGCGAAUGUGCAAGAUCACAAUAUUACCCUUGCACUGUUUGAGGUUCAGCCAAGCGUUGUGACGCUGGAUACCCUCUCUCAAGUCCCUGAGGCAAUGGCGGCUGCGGGUAAGCAAUAUGCGGAAGAGAAUGGCGGACCUCUAAGCUGCAUUGCCAGUAUGCAAGGCUUUUUCCCCGCAAAGAAGAUCCUUUCCGAGGCUGAGUUGGAAGAGGUUAUUCAAAGCAUUCGCGACGUCAAGCCGACGAGCGCAUUCCACGAGAAGCAACUUGCGCAGAUCAUUGCGCACCUUCAAAGUGACAGCUCUGCUAAUCUCCAGCUUGUCACUGUGCCUGUUUCCAUGGAGCGCGAUGGUAUUGAGCACCAGAGUGUUCUUAUUCCUCCGCGUGCUGCGGACAAGCCUGCCGGUGUGACUUUCGCUUUGUGCCUGCAGUAUCCCGUAGCAAGAGGCACAAUCCACAUCGAGAGUUCUGAUCCUACCAAAUCCCCCAUUAUCGAUCCCAACUACGGCGGUCAUGCUUCGGAUGUCUCCCUGCUGGCAGCGUUCCUUCGCUGGAGCGACCAGGUAGCCGAGAACCAGAACUUGAAGCCUUCAAUCAUCCAGCGUGCCAUUCCAGAGCCAUCAGUCGACCUCCAAGACUUGGAUGCGGCACGCAAAGAAGUGCACAAUCUUGUUGCGGGUGAAUACCACAUCUGCGGCUCUGUUGCGAUGGGAGAUGCGCUCGACAGCAGGCUUCGAGUGAAGGGUGUCGAGGGUCUGCGUGUUGCUGAUGCCUCGGUCUUCCCAAACAACGUAUCCGGAAACAUUGUCAGCAGUGUUUAUGCUGUCGCGGAGAAGGCUGCGGAUUUGAUCCGCGAGGAUUGGGAUUUCAGUGCCAAGAAAUUGAUGGUAUAG